GUUGAAAAUGUGCUGAUUGAUGAACGACAGAAUUUCGUCCUGUGUGAUUUUGGCAGUGCCACUUCGCGUGUUCUACUCCCAUCUGCACACGGUUUGGUCCGAUGCAAGGAAGAAAUCGAGCGGUACACCACUUUGGCCUAUCGAGCGCCGGAACUUAUCGACCUGUACAGUAAUGUGCCGUUGGGUCCUCAAAUCGAUAUCUGGGCUAUGGGUUGCCUACUCUAUUGCCUAUGUUUCGCCACAUUGCCGUUCGGGGACAGUGCAUUGGCCAUCCAAUCUGGGAAUUACUCUCUACCUGAUUCAUCACCUUAUUCGGAACGGUUGCACAAAUUGAUCGGUAAGCCCACAGUAAUCACACACCCUCCCGCUUCCUUGGCUAGAAGUUCGCACUGA